AACGGCAGUUGGCUACUUUCACGAAAGUGAUCCGCAGCCAUGAACGGCUGGUUCACAUUUUCGAAAAUAUGCCUUUUUGCCCUGAACUUUAUAUUUUUGAUAAUUGGACUGCUGAUGAUUGCCAUAGGAAUAUGGAAUAUCGUGGAAAGCGCAUCAUUCUUUGAAGCAAUCGCAUUUUUCGGUAAAACACCCACAACCGUGCCAGCGCUCUUUGCGGACACUGAGGCGAUGAGGAUUUUCGCCUGGAUUCUUGUAAUCGUUGGGGGUUUGGCCUUCGUUAUAUCCUUUCUUGCUUGCUGGGGUGUAGCUAGUGAAAACAAAUGGAUCCUUAUUACGUAUGCAGCAGUGGUGUCAUUUUUGGUUCUUGUGGAGGUGCUAUUUGUGAUCCUGCUGUUCGGUCUGGAGCAUCAGUGGGGGCCGAAGCUCACACAAGAAAUCACGGAUACGUUUUCCACAAACUACGUUGGAAGUAUGGGUGCUUUCGAGCCGACCAAAUACGAUCCGUUCUCCUUGGCAAUGGAUGCCUAUAUGCUCAAGCAAACAUCAACUGAAAUAGCAGUUCUUGAAGAAGUUGAUCCAAGAGGAGAAAGCAAGUGGGCUGAAAAAAGAAAGAGUGUAGUUUGGGUAAUAAACAUAAACAGAUUUUGCUGUUUCUUAAAGACGACCCCAUUAUCUUUCUGUCUUCCUUUGAACUGUACCGUGUAUCCCUAG